UUCAUGACACUGAAGUCAUCACUGGUCGACGUUAUUAUCACAGGAAAUGAACUAACGGCAAAAGCCAAUUUAAUACCAUACCAGCCACAAACCCGUGUUGGUCAGUUUGUUAGCUGAGUAGUUUUCUCAUGUGUCUCUUUACGAGGCAGGGAGGGGACGUGACACACCCCCCGCUCCGUCGGAUCGGAUGUCGCCGGGUUUCCUCCUCGCAGUCCGGGGAUCGCAGACUUGUUUCUCCGUCGGGACGGAGCGACGCUCGCGGCCGAUCGCUGCUGUCGUGAUAGGGAGGAUGAGUCCGUCCGGUACCGCAUCGAUCCGGACGCUGGGCUGUUGAAGACCUCUCGCCUCGGAUCUUCGGAGGAACGCGAAAGCCCCUCACCCGGACGCGAUGGCGGGGCCGCGCCCCCACGCCGCCGCAGCCUCGCCCCGGGGGAGAGGCCCGGCGGCGGUUCUGACCCUGGCUCUGCUGCUGCCGGCGGUGGGCGUCAGCGCGCAGCUGCCGAGGACGCCCCUCGACUGCCGCAGGGCGUGCGUGUGCGCCAGCAACAUCGUCAGCUGCCCCGGCGCCAACCUGGCCAGCGUGCCCCUCGCCCUCCCGCCUCAGACCGCCGUGCUGGACCUCAGCUUCAACUCCCUCGGCCGGCUGCGCGACGACUGGACCACGGUCGACCUGGGCCGGCUGCACACCCUGCUGCUCAGCCACAACGAGCUGGUGUUCCUCUCCUACGAGGCGUUUGGGCACGUGACGGAGCUGCGCUACCUGGACCUUUCCUCCAACGGCCUGCGGCAGUUGGACGAGUUCAUAUUCGAGCCGCUGGAGCACCUGGAGGUCCUGCUGCUUUACAACAACCGCAUAGCUCAGAUCGACCACUCCGCCUUCUCGGGCCUCGGCAGCCUGCGGAGGCUCUACCUGAGCCACAACCAGGUCGCGCGCUUCCCGCUGGAGCUGGUGAAGGAGCGGAGCCGCCUGGAGGCCCUGCAGCUGCUGGACGUGUCGUCCAACCGGAUCAAAGUCCUGCCCCUGCAUGAGCUGCAGGCUCUGCCCGCUUGGCUCAAGAACGGUGUGUACUUCCACAACCUCUCGCUGCCCUGCAGCUGCGAGCUGUACGACGUGGUGGCAGGGUGGAACCUCAAGGAGCUCAGCUCUGUCACCGACUUCAAAAGCAGCCACACCUGUUUAUUACCAGGCCCACAGAAGGAAAGAAUGCCCAUAUUGGAUCUGGACAAGGCCCAUUUGAACUGCACUGAGGUCACAAUGACGAACGAAGUGGCCUAUCUGCAGCAGUACCUGGUGCUGGACUGUGACACCAGGCAGAAGGACGUGACAAAGUCCUGGGUGCUGCCUGGAAACAUCCCAGUGUCUCAGGCAAACAAGUCGGCCGAGAUACGUUCCGACGGCGGCCUCCAGAUCGGGCCCCUGAUGGUGAACGACUCGGGGGUCUACACCUGCUACGCCACAGGGGACAACAUGAACGAGACCCUACAUGUUACUGUAGUGGUGUUCAACUCCACUGUGAGUGGUGGACUGGAGAACUUGAAAACAGCCUACACCACCCUGGUAGCCUGCAUCAUCAGCGUGGUCAUGGUCUUCAUCUACCUCUUCCUCACACCCUGCCGCUGCGCCUUUUGUCCAGGUCAGGGCCUGGAGAAGGACAAAGCCAGCGACACCCCCCACUCGUCGACUGUGAGCAUCCCUCAGGCCCACAGGGAGAGCAGGGCGGAGGGCGGAGGCUUCCCCUACAGACAAGUGGCCUUCCUGGACCCCAAGGACCAGCUGGAGCAGAACGGGAGGCUGAACCCCAUCCACGAGGAGGAUGAGGAGUGCAAAGGGUUCAGCGGCGAAAGGAAGAGGUCAGAGGCGGAGGCUGGCGGCGCCCCCAUGGUGGUGUGAAGGUCAGCGGCAGAGCCUGCAGGGUCAGAAGGUCACGGCUCUGCUCUGCCCGAGGGACCGUUGCAGCAGCAUGUAGUGUAACAUAGAAAAGCUUCGUGUUAAUGCCUAGAAAUGUAGCUAAACAGCUUCUGGCCUGCAGCAAGUAGCCGCUACUGCAAGGACAAGCAUUCUAGUACUCAUGGAAGCAAAAAACAGCCGCCAUCAGUCCUCAGAAACCAAACACUUUGUCUGCUUGAGUUUAGUUUGCUUGUGAACGCCCUGGAGCUGCACUUUAAACAACGGCUACCCAGCUGCUCCAACAGCAACAAACUUUGCACCACGAGCAUUUGUUUUAACAGAUGCUCCGACCUUACGAAGAGGCUAGUUUUUAUGCACAGCUCACACAAUUAUCUCAGCUACCGUAGUUGAUUUUAUUCUGUUAUUUGUCUGGUUGGCCUCAACGCGGCAUGGUACUGUAAGGAUUACACUUAUGCAAUUUAAUCACUUUCAUUGUAUUUUAAUGUAGUAAGUGACCUUUUGUUGGAGUCAUUCUAAUAGAUAAUCAGCCUAAAUCUCAGUGUCUCAAAGUAAUAAGAACAUCUGGGUUAAAUCCCUUCGGAUGCAUCUAUAUAUUUGCAGAAUGAAGAUUCUUCUAUAUUAUAACCUUCUUUGCAGUGUAUGGCUAAAACUCAGAAUCCAGUCAUUUACAUCAUUAUGAUACAGUAAUGAUUUAAGACCAAAAUCCAGUGCACGGUACAAGAAACCAUGUUCAAAUAGUGAUGCAGUGCUAAUUCUAAGCAUUGCCCCUCAUCUGCCCUCUGUCACUGCGGCAGCUGCGACUUUUGUGUCAUUUACAGACUUUCUGUUAAGUUUUCAUCUUUUCAAAGAAUGCAAAAGAUUCAUGGACCCACUUACAACAUGAGGCCAUGAUUCCCUGAUUAUCUCAUUUAAAUAAAAUGUAGAGGGCUGAAGAGUUAAAACAUGUAAAUAAAAAUACUAUAAUGCUAGUUUGUGCAAAAAAAGUGCAAGUUCAAAGUCGGACUCAAAUGAACAGAAUAUCCUGCCAAACUGGACGGUUCUAGCAGGCAGGAAGUGUGACCCAGGGGACAGAAGUGAGAGCAUGUACUAUCCACUGGAUGCUUCUGGGCAUUAGUGCUCAGCCCAGAGCAAAUUAACGAACGCCAGCGAGCUAGGAAUCCCAUAAACACCAUCAGGAAUAGCAGCGCAUGGAGCACGCAGGCCGUCUGACGCCAACGAAAGGCUUCACACAGAGACGAGACAAGCCUUUAUUCAGGAGGAACAGACGUUUUCACGUUGCAAAAUUAUUUUAUUGGGAGCUGAGUCCUGAAAAUAGUCAAAUAGAUGUGAGCUUGGUCUUUUGUUACGAUAAUGUAGGCAUAUAUGAUGACAUCAUCAAAUUAUGCUUUCAGAGUGGCACCUAUUACAUUUAUAGGGCAAUGUUGUACUGUAUAACCAAAGAUGUGUUCAGUGCUUCCAGUCAGUAGUUAGAUACACACACACACACACACUGUGCAGAGGUGUGUAUUUAAGUCAGACCACGUUUGCUGUAAUACAUGCAGGUACUCCAUGUGUAAGGAGUAUUUGGUUUCUGUUGUACUGUACCUUGUGUAUGAAUGUACUGCUUCUGUGCUGCAUAAACACAAAUAAGGCAAUAAAGAGUGAAAGAGUG